AUGUUUUUUCCAAAAUAAAUACUUCUCUCUCACACAGGUUAUAUGAAUGACCUGUAAUUCACAAACACGUGCUGCUCACCUUGAAUACACACGCGCACAAAACCAAUGUUAUUCUAUCAUUAAUAAUUACAUCAUCCAAUUCAUUCAAGAUUCUCAAUCGAUAUUUUUUUUGGUUAUUGAAAGUUUUCGUCAUCCGAUCCAGAUUCAAAAAAAUGGAAACAUUUUUCGAUAGUGAAGAAGCACGUAGAAUGGGUUAUAAAGUUGUAAAAAUUUGGGCAGACGAUGAAAAUCAAUUUACUUUAACUGAAAAAAUUAUUGAUGGAAUAGAUAUUGCAUUCAAAUUCAACAUGACUCCAACCGAAACUCCAGAAUCAUUGAUCUGGAAUGUAAAAAUUCCACGUGUUAUGUUCAAUUUGGUUCCUAAUAAGAUCGAAUUGAAUCCAACUGAUGUACCAUAUCUAUAUAAAGUACCAGAAUCGCUUGUUGAACAAUACAGUCGAUUUAUUGUUAUUGAAGAGAAUGUUGAUUAUUAUUUCGAUAAAGGACGUGGAUUACUUUCAAAAACCAAUGAUGAUAAUCCCGAUAAUGAUCUUGAAUUUGGAUUAAAAUAUUACUUUUUUAAUCGUAUUUAUCGAUAUUUGCUUGGUCGAAAACAUGCUAAUAUUACUGAUCCUGUUGUUGAAAGAAGUUUCGGUCACUUGAUUUCAGGUGAGAAUAUGUUGAAACAAGCAAAAAAACUUGUUAAAAAUGGUUUAAUUAAUAAUCAAACUGCCUGGUCAAUGAUGGUAAAUGGUGAAACAUCAUUAACUAUUGGUAAUAUUAUGUUGGAUGAAAAAUUACAUGAACUAGAAUUUAGUGAAGAAUCGUAUGCAGAGUUUUAUGAAAAUGAUGAUGACGACAAUGAUGAUGAUAACAAUACUGAUGACAUCAAUAAACAACCGAUGAAGCCACAAUUUACAGUUGAAAUUUUCUAUUUCAAUUUGAUUGAAAUUAUUAAUUCAUUUUAAACACACAGACACCAUACUGAUCUAUUUUAUACUUUCUUUCAUUUUUUUACAACAAUUAAUACUUAUUCUGGUCAAC